AUGAAUGCCGCGCCGCAGCCGGGAAAUGUCAGUCUGAGGACCGUUAGCUCAAGCCGCCCCCAAUACCAAUACUUCGAGCAACGCUCUGAAGCCGCCUCAGACGACUACUACUCCUUCCCCUCGACAGCCUCCAACUCCGCCAGCAGCAGGGAGGGCGUGAUGCGGUAUGCGACACCAGUUUCUGGGCCUACAUCGCGGGCCUCGUCGCCGGGCGUGGGUGUCCCUAGGAUGGGUGCGAUUGGGGAGCAUGGGCCGUUGCUUGGGGAGGAGACACCGAGGAGGGUGAGGGCGAGGACUAGUAGAAAUGGGAAUGGGUGGGAUAACUCUAUGUGGAUGGAGGGUGAUUUGCCGCAUAUUCGGUAUGCGAUUAACCAUCUCACGCGGGAUGAGGAGGAGGAAGAGGAGGAGGAUGCGAUGGGACAGGGCUCUGCUGGAGAACGUCCGGAUGGCUUUAUUUGGGAUGAGGAACGGGGUUGUUUUACCCGUCUGGGGACAUUGCCAUCGCCGUCCCAGCAACAACAACAACAGCAGCGAGAACCCUCACCAUCGCGAUCCGUCCAAAGCUCCACAAGUUCCAUGACAACCCUCGCACACAAGACCUUUAUCGCCACGGAUCCCCCCGAAAACAGCCCCCUAUACCCACCCCUCGACUACAUCCCGCCAACCCUCCGCCCCUGGGCCCUAGCCCUACUCAUCCUCUGCUGUCUCCUCAUGAUCGCCGGAGUAUCGUUCUGCAACGUCUGGUCCAAGAAGCGCCAGGGACUUUGGGAUUACGAUGGUCAAAGUGGAUCGCGGUACUUUGUCUUCCAGUUUCUGCCGCAGAUUCUAGCCGCUAUCCUCGUUUUGUGGCUGUUUGUCGUGCAGGUUGCUGUAUACCGUAUCAUGCCAUUUGCCAUCAUGGCGUCUGAGCGGAAACUCACCCGUGUUCUCCAAAACCUCCCACUGCUUCCGCGGAACUACCUCCUCCCCGACAUAUCGCAUUUCCUCCACGGAGAGCCAUUGAUCGGUUUCUCGCUGUUCACUAUCUGGCUCGCGAAUUUCUUCGCUAUCCCACUACUCAGCUGCAUCUUCCAGGUAAAAUGGUACGCCUACACCAUUGACGGCCAGGAAACAGCACAGGGAAGAUUCCGGUGGACAUCCGUGCAAUCUAUCGGGUGGACAAUCGUCUCGGUAUACGGACUACUCACGAUAGGCCUGACGGUACUCCUAAUCCGCUUUGCGCGCGCUUGGUCGGGGCUUCUAUGGGAUCCGACGAGUAUCGCGGAUUUAAUCCCGAUGAUCCAGCGGUCGAAUAUCAUGCAUGAGUUUGAGGGUACCGAAACCGCACCGGAUAUGAGCAAAGUCCUCGAACCGAGGGUCCUACGACUGGGAUACUGGAAACUGUCGGGGAAGAAGGAUGUCCUGUUCUACGGCAUCGGCGAGGAAGACGCUCCCAUGCACAACCACCCACCCAAAAACACUGGCCACCACCACCAACAACAACAACAACAACAACAACCAAAACCAACCGACCUCGAAUCCAACCCCCCCACCCCCAAAACACCCCGCUGGACCCCCUGGUUCCUUCGCCCUAUCCCCCUAACAAUCAUAACCAUCCUCGUCGCCGCGCUCUACACAGCCUUCCUAAUCGCCAGUUUCCUGCACUCCGCCAUCGCAAACGGCUUCCCGCCACGCCUCCACACCCUUCCCUCGGAAAACGGCUUCUCAGCAUCAAACUUCGUAUACAGUUUCGUCCCCGCGCUUAUCGGGAAUAUCUUCUUCCUCGCAUACCAGCACGUCGAUUUGUAUUUUCGCGCUGUCCAACCCUAUGCCUCCUUCUCCUCACUAUCAGGCGCACCCACAAAACACUCAAUCCUCCUAUCCUACCCCUCCGACCUCCCAUUCAUAAUCACACCCAAAGCCCUAACAAACAAACACUUCAAAGUCGCGGUCAUUUCACUCGUCAGCACGAUAUCCCUCUCCAUCCCCAUUCUCGCGGGGGGUAUAUUCACAGCGCUCUACUAUCCCAGCGAUCACUCGAUACGGAUGACUUCGCUGAUGUCUGCGUUUUAUGCGCUGGUUGCUUUUUGCGGGGUCUAUGUGCUUUCGUUGGCGGUUAUGUGGCCGGGACGGAAGAGGGGUUUGCCACAUGGGGUUGGGACGGUGGGGGAGGUUGUUAGUUUUCUGUAUCGGAGUUCAAAUUCGUUACUGGGUGAUGGGGAUGGGGUGGUUACGUGUAAGGAGGAUUUGGUGCGGAGGGUUAGGUCGGGGGAUGGGGACGUUGAGGCGAGGUAUGGGUUUGGGGGGUUUAGGGUUGAGAGGGUUGGGAGAGAAGGUGGUGUUGUUUGA